AUAGCAGUAGUAGCAUCAAGCAACAAGCUUUGUGGCUAUGGUGCAGUGCAGCGCCACCAAGUAAUGUACUAAUACCCAAGGAAAUCGGAUCUUCAUUUGCUGCCUCCUUUCUACCUACUUCAUUUCUCGUCUCGUUCUUUUCUGAUUAUCCCCUUAGUCCCAUUUCAGUUCCGUUCCGCCCUUUCCAAGAGAAAAUUGCUCAGAAACUUCGCCAUGUUGGCGUCAUCCUCAAAGCAUAUAACAGAGGAUGCUUCUUUGCUUUCUACUUGAAAUUGUCCUUCUCCUUUUUUAAUCACAGCCCGCGUACGAUCCCAGACUUUUCCUUGUAGUUCCUCCUUUGUUUUUGCUUUAUAAACACCGCACCGCAGUGCUUGGUUGAAAACAACGUUUAUUUUGAUAUUGUGCAUGUGUACGAAACAAAAUCAUUGCAAGAUUGACAGUAAUGGAGAGCUACUUGAAUGAGAAUUUUGAGGUGAAGCCUAAGAAUUCGUCCGAGGAGGUUUUGCAACGAUGGAGGGAUCUCUGUGGGGUUGUGAAAAAUCCCAAGCGGCGGUUUCGAUUUACUGCCAAUCUUUCCAAGCGUUACGAAGCGGCUGCUAUGCGCCGUACCAAUCAGGAGAAGCUGAGAAUUGCAGUAUUAGUAUCAAAGGCUGCAUUUCAGUUUAUACAAGGUGUUGCACCCAGUGACUACACCGUGCCUAAGGAAGUUCAAGAAGCUGGAUUCCAGAUUUGUGGGGAUGAGUUAGGGUCCAUUGUGGAAGGUCAUGACCUGAAAAAGUUGAAAUUUCAUGGUGGAGUUUCUGGUAUCGCGGACAAGCUGGCCACUUCAACCACAAACGGCAUUCCAACUGAUGCUGCAGCCCUGAACCGUAGAGAGGAGGUAUAUGGAAUAAAUAAAUUUACUGAGAGUGUUGCCCGGAGCUUUUGGGUAUUUGUGUGGGAAGCCCUUCAGGAUAUGACUCUCAUGAUCCUUGGAGUGUGCGCAUUGGUGUCUUUGAUAGUUGGUGUUGCAACUGAAGGAUGGCCAAAGGGGGCUCAUGAUGGACUUGGAAUUGUUGCCAGCAUAUUGUUAGUGGUGUUUGUCACUGCAACCAGUGAUUAUCGUCAAUCUUUACAGUUCAGGGACUUAGACAAAGAAAAGAAAAAGAUUUCCAUUCAAGUGACUAGGAAUGGUUACAGGCAAAAGAUGUCGAUAUACGAUCUACUUCCAGGAGAUAUCGUACAUCUUGCCAUAGGAGAUCAGGUUCCAGCAGAUGGACUUUUUCUAUCAGGAUUUUCUGUGUUAAUUGAUGAGUCAAGUUUGACAGGUGAAAGUGAGCCAGUAAUGGUCAGUGCUGAAAACCCUUUCCUGCUCUCUGGGACCAAGGUGCAGGAUGGAUCUUGCAAGAUGCUGGUUACUACUGUUGGAAUGAGGACUCAAUGGGGCAAACUGAUGGCUACUCUUAGUGAAGGGGGAGAUGAUGAAACCCCACUGCAGGUUAAAUUGAAUGGAGUCGCAACAAUCAUUGGAAAGAUAGGCCUUUUCUUUGCAGUGGUGACUUUUGCCGUGUUAGUGCAGAAGAUGUUUGGACGCAAACUGGAACAUGGAACACACUGGAGCUGGUCUGGAGAUGAUGCACUGGAGAUUUUAGAAUACUUUGCUGUUGCAGUCACCAUUGUUGUUGUUGCAGUUCCUGAAGGACUUCCUCUUGCUGUGACUUUGAGCCUGGCAUUUGCAAUGAAAAAGAUGAUGAAUGAUAAGGCACUUGUUCGUCAUUUAGCUGCAUGCGAGACAAUGGGCUCUGCCACAACAAUUUGUAGUGACAAAACCGGGACGCUCACAACCAACCACAUGACUGUGGUGAAAUCGUGCAUUUGUAUGAAUGUCAGAGAGGUCGGCAAGCCAGCUGAUGGUGGUUCUUCAUUGUCCUCCGAACUCCCGACUUCUGUCGUUAAAGUUCUCCUGCAAUCAAUUUUUAAUAACACUGGAGGAGAAGUAGUGUUUAGCAAAAAUGGAAAACGCGAGAUAUUGGGAACGCCAACUGAGACAGCAAUCCUAGAGUUUGGAUUAUCACUUGGUGGAGAUUUCCAGGCUGAAAGACAAGCAUCUAAACUUGUAAAAGUCGAGCCUUUUAAUUCUACAAAGAAGAGAAUGGGUGUUAUACUGGAGCUUCCAGAAGGAGGAGGUCUAAGAGCUCAUUGCAAAGGAGCGUCAGAAAUAGUUUUGGCAGCCUGUGACAAGGUGAUUAACUCAGAUGGAGAUGUUGUGCCUCUCGAUGAGGAAUCAGUCAAACACCUGAAGGCUACCAUUGAUCAGUUUGCUAGUGAAGCUCUUCGUACCCUGUGUCUUGCCUAUAUGGAACUUGAAAAUGGAUUCUCUGCUGAAGAUGCUAUUCCAGUUUCUGGUUAUACAUGUAUUGGGAUUGUAGGCAUCAAGGAUCCUGUUCGCCCAGGAGUGAGGGAGUCUGUGGCCCUCUGUCGUUCAGCUGGAGUGACUGUUCGGAUGGUUACAGGAGAUAACAUCAAUACCGCAAAAGCUAUAGCUAGGGAAUGUGGAAUCCUUACUGAUGAUGGAAUUGCCAUAGAAGGUCCAGUUUUUAGGGAAAAGACCCAGGAGGAAUUACUUGAAUUGAUUCCCAAAAUUCAGGUGAUGGCUCGAUCUUCGCCGCUAGACAAGCAUACAUUGGUGAAGCACUUGCGAACCACAUUCAAUGAAGUUGUUGCAGUAACUGGUGAUGGAACAAAUGAUGCUCCUGCACUUCAUGAAGCAGAUAUUGGACUUGCAAUGGGCAUCGCCGGAACAGAGGUUGCCAAAGAGAGUGCUGACGUUAUAAUUCUCGACGACAAUUUCUCCACGAUUGUAACCGUGGCCAAAUGGGGUCGGUCUGUUUACAUAAAUAUUCAAAAGUUUGUGCAGUUCCAGCUGACUGUCAAUGUAGUAGCGUUGAUUGUCAACUUUUCUUCGGCUUGUUUGACUGGAAGUGCUCCCCUUACCGCUGUUCAACUUUUGUGGGUCAACAUGAUCAUGGAUACUUUGGGUGCACUUGCUCUGGCCACUGAGCCUCCUAACGAAGAACUAAUGAAAAGACCCCCAGUUGGAAGGACGGGAAAUUUUAUUACAAAUGUCAUGUGGAGGAACAUCUUAGGACAAUCCUUGUAUCAGUUUCUAUUAAUAUGGUUUCUUCAAGCAUUUGGAAAAACAAUCUUUUUCAUUCGUGGUCCUGAUGCUGAUUUGGUCCUUAACACCCUUAUUUUCAACACAUUCGUAUUCUGUCAGGUUUUUAAUGAGGUGAACUCACGAGAGAUGGACAAAAUUGAUGUACUCGAAGGCAUACUGGACAACCAAGUUUUUGUAGCAGUCAUCACUGCAACUGUCUUCUUCCAGAUUAUUAUCAUUGAAUACCUAGGAACCUUUGCAAACACAACACCCCUCUCGAUAGUGCAGUGGUUUUUCAGCAUACUUUUUGGUUUCCUGGGCAUGCCAAUUGCUGCGUACUUAAAGCAGAUUCCAGUUUGAAGAUCCCAUGAAGAAUUGAAACAUCUGAUAAGGAACUCCCCAAGGGUGGAAUCUUGGCAGAUGUGCUUCCAAUGAAGAUCUUGAUGUGUGAUUCUCUCCCAAUUGCCCUUUUUCAUCUUCACAAGGCAAGUUUUUGCAGAAUUGUAAAGCAUGAAUAGUAGGUUAUGACAGAAGAUUUAUAAGACCAACUACAGCUUUAGGGUAGUUCCUUUCUUUUUGUCGAGCAACUAUAGAGUAGAAUUGAAUGUGUUUAGCAAUCGUGUUGCUUGAACUUGAUGUUGAAACUCCUGUAUAAAGCUUAUCUCUGUGUUUGCCUCUGAAAAGCAUCAUCAUGGUUUACAGCUUAGGCAAAAACUUGUACUUGAGCGACCAUUGUCCUUGUCAACUCCAACUGAUCAAUUACCAAAUCGUCACUUGUAAAUGGUACUUAAUCA